AUGCAGGAGCUGAUAGAUCCCCACUGCCUGCAUUCCGAAAUUCCUUCUUGCAUCCAGAGGCUCAUGGGGAAGGAUGCUGCCAGGUGCAUAGAGCCCGAAGCAGACACGCAGCCCUCCAGCACGGACCUGUCCUACAUCCACCAGGGAGAAAGGGCCCUGCAGCGAGCGCUGGGCAUCCUGCAGCAGCCACACUGCUGGCAGCCAGAGGCCAACGCAGAGGCUGCCAUGUCCAGCACCGCGCUGCCGGGGCUGGGCCGCGUCUUUCGGGCCGAGGCGGUGCUGGCAGCGCCUGUGGGCAGGCUGCAGGGUGAGCUGUUUGAGCAGCUGGAGGAGAUGCCCCGCUGGAACCCCAGCCUCAGCCGCGUGGAGGUGCUCUGCCGCCCAGGUGAGGACACGCUGGUGACGCACGAGGUGACGGCUGCCAGCCCAGUGGGACGCAGGGACUUUGUCAGCACGCGGCACCGCAGCAGGACGCGGGCAGCCAUCUACCUGGUGGGCACCACUGCCCACCUCGAGCAGCCACCCGCACCACAGGGCUGCGUCAGGGCUGAGACGCGGCUGAGCUGUAUUGUGCUGCAGCCGCUGCCAGGCAACCCAAGCUGCACACGUGUCACGUGGCUGCUCAGCAUGGACCUGAAGGGCUGGAUCCCCACCUCGGUCACCAACCGCGUCCUGCCACAGUGUCAGGCCAAGUUCAUCGGGCACCUCCGCCAGCACCUCUCCUCCACUGCCUCUCUCUGUGGAUAG